AUGUGCAAGGACAAUCAGCUCGAGCUUGCACGCCAAUUUUUCAAGGAAAUGGAAGCUCAUGGACUAACGCCAAAUGUAAUCACUUGGAAUUCAUUGCUUGAUGGCAUGUGUAAAAAUGGACAAAUUGACGAGGCAAUUACAAUGAUGCAGCAAAUGGAAAAUUCUGGAGUAGUCCCUAAUAUUGUUACAUACAGUAUUCUAAUGGAUGGUUUGUGUAAUGCUAAGCGCCUUAGAGAAGCGGUGGAGAUCUUCUCCGUUCUUACAACUAAAGGGCUGCAUGAUGUGCGUGCUUACACCAUAAUGAUAAAAGGGUUUUGUAAAGAAGGGUUGCUAGCAAAAGCUGAUGAAUUAUUGAAGAAUAUGGAGGACAAUAAAUGCUUUCCAAAUGAAUGCACCUUCAAUACAAUUAUAAGAGGAUUUAUAGAUGGAAAGGAUGUUAGGAGAGCUUUAGAGCUUGUCAGCUUAAUGAGAAACAAAGAGUUUGCUGCUGAUAAUCACACAAUAUCAUCAUUGGUGAGCUUACUCACUGAUCCAAAUAUCAGUGGUGCAGACAAGGAUUUGUUGAAAAAGUUUUUGAGAACUGAGUUAGCUAGAUUUUGGAGCAAAGGCAAAAACCUUAAUGCCUGUGGAAGAUCUGACUACAACACUGAUAGGUUGGCUUUUGAUUCCUCUGGACAACUUCUUUCAAAUUUUCAAUAUAGAGAGGAGACAAGGACAGUGAUUGGAAAAAAGAUAAUUGAGGGCUAUACCCUCACUGUGAUCACACUCAGCUCUUUGAUGAGGGAUCUCAAAAAUGCUGUUAAUGAAAGUUUGUGUGAAGCUAGGUGCCUUAACGAAGCAGUGGAUAUUUUCACUUCUCUGGCGACAAAGUGCUUACAACCUGAUGUGGUGUGGUCAAGGACUGCUGGUGGCAGUCACAGCGCUCACUGCACUAAGAGCACCACCUCCCUUUGCAUGACCAUCCAGUUUAGUAUAAUCAUGACUCUUAACAGCCUAACAGCAACACUAAAGGCUUGA